AGUGGCUUGCAUCGAAGAUGGGCUGGUCGAGAUCUCGUUCGCGAGAUGGCGUCCACGCACAGACUCCCUGAUGCGAUGAAGUCUCAAUUGGAAGAACAACAGUCAAAGUCAGAAGGUGUCGGUAGUGACGUACGAGCCCAGGCCAUUGCGGCGAAGCUACAAACAGUCAAUCCAGCUUUGUUGGUCAACAGCCCCCACCCAUUUCACGCAGACUCAUAUUGGGACCCAGCCCUCGACCAAUUAUCAUACAACUGGUCGUGCAGUUUCAGCAGACAUUUGCAGGACUCGACUUCAAUUUCAGAUGAUGCAUCUUCCUCGGCAGAACCGGAAACUUCACGCAAUGUCUAUCGAUCCACCAUACCAGGUCUGGAUGCACUGCUAUCGUAUUUUGACACAGCGACCAACCCGAGGCCCCUACACCUUUCGAAACACUGUGUCCCGAUCAGUUAUGUAGGCGAAGAAGAGCCUCUGGUCCGAAUCGACUGGGCAUUACCAUACCUAUCGGCAAUCCUACUACCGCUGCCGAACGAGUCGUUGGCUGUACAGCUUCCACGUAUUGAGCUUCGAUACAACUUCACCGAGCCGACGCAACCAGGCAGACCAAGAGACCUGUUCCUCACUGGUCUCAAAGCCGACAUCGAUCACCAAAAUCUGAUUGUACCACUUCCAGACCAUGCUGUAGACUUGAAUUUCUCGAGAAGUGUUUCGCUGGUCGCUCGGGCCCAUCUUGCGAAAUACGACAAGCACAUACUCUACUUCACGCAACAGAUUCAGAGAUCCAUCUUCACCGGCGAUGGUGUGCUCACUGCGCCAACCGAACUCACAUUACGCCUACCACGCUGGCUAGUUCAUCCUGAUGCAGACCGUUCGAGCGGCGCGGAAAAGGAAGAUAUUUCAGUUACAUACCUUUUCGAGCGAUUCAAACAAACACAAAGAGUGGACUUUGCUAUCAGCGAGGCUGCACGUACUGCUCACGGAGUCGAUUCUGAAGUACAAGAUAUGGCUAUGCAGCUGCCUUCUAGCCUUCGCCUGAAGUAUAGCGAAGCUGAUGGUGGCGCGAUUCACGGGAAUUCUUCAACACUCACUUUAUUACACAAGACGAAGAGGUCUGCUCCAAAGUCUGCAGAGACUUCGCAGCCAGUCGAUGCUUUGACAGGUGUGCUUGAAAACGAGGCGAGUCAAGAGAGCACGUCGCAGGAACAGGACCCUACGCAGCAGCUUGCUGAAUCGGCGUUGCGCAUCGCACAUUUGCUGACCCGUAUCAACGCUGGAACGCUGUCAGCUUUCAGGAAGGAGACGGAAGACAGCUAAUCGUAUCGUGACUGCAUCAAGCAUCAAUAGGGAGACCAUAGCCCCAGCUCCAAUCGAGAUAUGUAUUACUAUACCUGUACUGUCCACCAGGGUUUCUAC